AUGCAUACAAUGGAAUCUCAUUAUUAUCAUACACUGUUCUUCAUUUCUUUCUUCUCUCUCAUCAUCUUCAAUCCUUCUCAUUCCAUAUAUGGGCAGCACAGUUCUUCAGAACCUUCCCUGCCUCUAGAUACUCCUCCAAACUUGCAGCCUGUGUCCUCCCCCGGACCACAGCCCGAGCUUUCGCCAACACCAACACCAACAUUAGCCCCUUCAUCUGAACACCCUCCCGUGUCUGUCCCACCAUCCACCAACAUCGAUCCCACAAUCGAAAAAAUCUGUGCGUCAACAGACUAUCCUGAUCUCUGCCUCUCCACAGUCACUCCCUUGCUAAAAGGCAAGAAUGACAUUGUGUCCGUGCUUGAAGUGGCAAUAAAAGCCAGUACUAACUCAACAAAUUUGGGUCUGAUCAUGGCCAAAAAACUGGCUAACAUGCCUGGAAAUACUCCUGAAAUGGUCUCAAUCCUCAACGAUUGCACGAAUAGUUAUGACACCGCUUUGUACAAUUUUCGGAAUGCAAUGGAUGCAUUCCCCGGUCGUGACAUUGGCACAAUGAAUACAAUGCUUAGCGCUGUUAUAACCAAUGUUGGCGAUUGCGAGGACGGGCUUUCUGGAAUGGAUUCUCCAUUGUCUAAUUGUGCUGACAAGGUUAUAAAGAUGACUAGCAACUGCCUUGCCAUUAUUUCCUUGAUCCACUGA